AUGUUAAUGGCUGCUCUUCGUGUAAGUCUGCGCAUGCAGUGCAUUGGAUCUGUAAAACUAAUGAAAUCGACACAUUUGUUGUCGUCAUCCUUUGCCUUGCGUACGUUUGCCAAUGCAAGCGCUUCAUCACUUGGUCUUGAAAAAUUUGGUAUCACGAACGCCAAGACUCAAGUUCAUCACAAUUUAAGCUACGAUGAAAUUGCUGCUCACGAAGAGAGAAACAAUGAAGGUCAAUUUAUUAAGAACGGCACGUAUACAAUUGACACUGGCAAAUUUACGGGCCGUUCGCCUAAAGACAAGUAUAUUGUGGACCAGGCCCCAUCCAGCAAAAAUAUCUGGUGGGGCGACAUUAAUCAUCCUGUCUAUGUAUUUGAUGGGUACGCUGGAGCUCAUGCUGCUUCGCGUAAAAAAGUUCGCUUUAUCACAGAGCUAGCGUGGCAACACCACUUUGUGACCAAUAUGUUCUUGCGUCCGAAGACGAAGGACGAAAUUGCAAAUUUUAGACCGGAUUUUACCAUUGUGAAUGCGUGUAAAGUUACGAACAAGAGUUACAAAAAGCACGGCUUGAAUUCCGAAGUUUUUGUCGCGUUUAACAUUGAAAAAGACGUGGCUGUUAUUGGUGGUACAUGGUAUGGAGGAGAGAUGAAGAAAGGCAUUUUUUCUAUGAUGAAUUACUGGCUACCACUUGAUGGAAUCAUGGCCAUGCAUUGUUCGGCUAACAAGGGGAAGGAUGGCGACACGGCGCUUUUCUUUGGUUUGUCUGGCACCGGUAAAACGACAUUGUCAGCUGACCCACAGCGGUAUCUUAUUGGUGAUGAUGAACAUGGAUGGGAUGAUGAAGGUAUCUUUAAUUUUGAAGGUGGCUGCUACGCUAAGACUAUCAAUCUGAGUGCUGAGAACGAGCCAGACAUUUACAACGCCAUAAAACGAGAUGCACUGCUUGAGAAUGUGUUUGUCGACACUAAGACAAAAAUUCCAGACUUUUACAACACGUCUAAGACCGAAAAUGGCCGUGUUUCGUACCCGAUUCACCACAUCCCGAAUUAUGAGCCUACAUCGAGUGGUGGUCACCCAUCGAAUGUUGUGUUCCUUACCUGUGACGCUUAUGGCGUACUACCACCUGUUUCGAAAUUGAGUGACGGUCAGGCCAUGUAUCACUUCCUAUCUGGAUACACGGCAAAGGUUGCUGGUACAGAGCGUGGCGUCACAGAACCAACGGCUACUUUUAGCGCAUGUUUUGGUGCUGCUUUCUUACCCCUGCAUCCGACCAAGUACGCUGACUUGCUGCAGAAAAAGUUACAGAGGCACAACACAUCAGUUUAUCUUGUCAACACGGGUUGGACCAGCGGUGGAUACGGCGUGGGCAAACGCAUGAGUAUUAAAGACACACGAGCUUGCAUUGACGCAAUUCUGGACGGCUCAAUUAAAAAGUCGGAGUUUACAAAGGAUCCCAACUUUGGCUUUGAGGUGCCAAAGAGGCUUGGCAGUAUUCCUGAGAAUGUGCUGAAUCCACGUGAAGCUUGGAACGACAAAGAUGCGUAUGAUGCUACAGCCAAGAAGCUCGCGGGUAUGUUCAAAGAAAACUUCCGAAAAUAUGUAUCCCCUGGCGUCACGGACUACUCCAAGUUCGGCCCGAAGGUAUGA